CACAGCAACCCGGCGCCACACUUGGUGAAAAUACCAACCCCCGUGGCGCACACUCCCAUUAGCUGUUUGCCUUUGACGUCUGAGCAGAGUGAAGGGUGCUGCGUGCCUCUGCGCGGUGCUUCGCCUGGGAGAAAAAAAAAUAGAUCCCGUGUUUCAAACACCGGCGAAGUCGUCCACGGGCUCCGAGGGUCGGUUGUUGGAUGAGAGGUGCAACGAUGGGGCUAGGGCGUUAAAACCCUAAUGAAAGCUGGAGCCAGCAUCUUGGUUGUAGGCAUUUCCCGUGGUGGCGGAAGGAUGCGAAGCGCUGCUGUUGUAAGAGAAGGGGCAGGAUUUUUCUGACAGUUGAGGAGAAAGUGAAUGGUGUGCGGCGAACACUCCAAGGUUUAAAAGUUUGGAACAGGAUUGUCAGGGCCGCCGUCAAAGAGGCAGGAAUCAGAUUUGAAAGAGGAAAUAAGCUGAGCAAAUCCACAAGAAGGUAAAGAGAGAAGUCUGUACCAUGAACUAGGACAUUAAAUACUGACAAAGCUACGAUUCCACGCUGAUAUAUAUUGGAAAAAGGAAGUUGAAGAUGGGGCGAAAAAAGAUUCAGAUUACAAGGAUCAUGGAUGAGCGUAACAGACAGGUCACAUUCACAAAGAGAAAAUUUGGAUUAAUGAAGAAAGCCUAUGAACUGAGUGUACUGUGUGACUGUGAGAUAGCUUUGAUAAUAUUCAACAGUUCAAACAAAUUGUUUCAGUAUGCUAGCACUGACAUGGACAAAGUUCUACUCAAGUACACGGAGUAUAAUGAACCCCAUGAAAGCAGAACCAAUUCAGAUAUCGUUGAGGCGCUUAACAAGAAAGAACACAGAGGCUGUGACAGUCCGGAGCCUGACUCCUCAUACGUGCUCACCCCACACACAGAGGAAAAAUAUAAAAAAAUAAAUGAAGAGUUUGAUAACAUGAUGAGGAAUCACAAGCUCGCACCUGGUUUGCAACCUCAAAACUUUGCAAUGCCAGUUGCAGUUCCUGUGAGCAACCCAAAUACGUUAACUUACAGUCACCCAGGAAGCUCUCUUGUAACUCAUUCAUUGGUAACCACAUCUAUAACAGAUACCAACAUGCUUUCGCCACCCCAGGCUACACUGCCCAGAAAUGUUAUGUCACCAGGCGCCCCACAGAGACCUCCAAGCACUGGUAAUGCAGGUGGAAUGAUGGGUGAUCUUGCAAUGCCAAAUGGUGCAGGCACCAGCCCUGUGGGAAAUGGUUUUGUUAACCCUCGAGCUUCUCCUGGGCUACUGUGCUCCACUGGCGGGAAUGGGUUGGGCAAAGUAAUGCCCACAAAGUCUCCUCCCCCUCCAGGUGGAAAUAUUGGAAUGAACAAUCGCAAGCCAGACCUUCGUGUAGUAAUCCCACCGACCAGCAAGGGCAUGAUGCCGCCUCUGUCAGAGGAGGAUGAGUUGGAUAUGAAUGUACAGAGGAUAAGCAGUUCACAAUCAACACAGGCUCUUGCAACUCCUGUCGUGUCUGUUACUACUCCAAGUCUACCAUCACAUGGGCUGUUGUAUUCGACAUACAACAAUGAUUAUUCACUAACCAGCGCUGAUUUAUCUGCACUACCAGGAUUCAACUCACCAGGGACGUUGUCAUUAGGGCCAAUGUCUGCUUGGCAACAACACCACCUUGGACAAGCAGCCCUCAGCUCACUAAUAGUUAACAGUCAGUCACUUCAGGGUUCAAACCUUUCAAUCAACACCAACCAGAAUGUCAACAUCAAAUCGGAGCCGAUCUCUCCUCCCCGAGAUAGAAUGACGCCUUCGGGUUUCCCGCAACAGUCGCGGCACGACACAGGACGCUCGCCGGUUGACAGCCUGAGCAGCUCCAGUAGCUCUUACGAUGGGAGUGAUCGCGAAGAACCACGGGGUGACUUCCAUUCACCCAUUGGACUCCCGAGGCCCUCCACGGAUGAUCGAGAAAGCCCAUCCGUGAAGCGCAUGCGGAUGGACACAUGGGUGACAUAAAGCCCUCUUUUUGCUGCAGUUUUGUAGUAAUCUCUUUUGUUACAAGAGAACUGUCCUUACAUAUCUAAGACAAGGACGUGGAAAAUGUAUAAGUUAAUCAGGUACUCUACAGUGCAAAUUAAAUGUAUAUUUGCAGGUGUCCCACAUUUAAAUUGUAGUCACUGUCCCAGUCUGGCACUUAUUUGUAUUAGCUGUUAUCUUAUACUGGUUUGCAAAAAAAAUAAAUUUAUAUUCAACCCUACCAUGCUUGCAGAAACAAGAGAGUUGGUUGUCAAUUCUGACAGUGUCCUGUAUGUGUGUAUAAAAAUGGUGUGGCUAGUUAAAUUUUCUGCUUAGUAUCAUUGAAGCUGUAGAAAGAAACAAAAGAGAGCAAUACUGUACAUAAAAUAAAUCUAUGAUAUUGAACCUGGCAUGGGUCUCCGUCUCUUGAAGGAGUGUUUUAAACUUCACGGUAUAGGGCUGAGGUGAGCAGUUCUUUCUGCAUGUGCAAAAACGGGUUGUAGAAGUGGCAAAACAGUUUAUUGGAAACAUGCAUUAAGUACCCGCAUGAGAAAUGAGGAGACUGCAGGUGAAAUAUAGCAUUAAGAGAAACUUAAUAUAUUAAGUUAUAAUUGGAAUUUGGUUAAAGUUCUUUUAUGUUGAUGUCUGAAAUCCAAAUUUGAUUCCAGAUCACUUAUAUAUAUUUUUAUUAAAAGAAAACAUAAUACCCUGACUUAUUAUUGAUUAUAUAGAACUGUAUAAUUUUAAACACAUUCAGCUAUGAAAUUAUUUAUAUAUGCCAAAGUUGCAUGUUGAUGCUCUCUAGAUAUGGUUUAUCUUGUUACCUUGGCUUAGAUUUGCUUUUUUAAAUGCAGGCUAAACCUUAAAAGCCGUGAACACUUGCUAACCUAUAUGUAAAGAGAAUUUGAGCCAAAUGUCUGUGUAUAUAGCAUCCUAUAUAUAUCACCUUUGGUGUCAGUGUACAAUGUAUUGUACGUUCACCAGAACAAAGUAUAUUUUUGUGGAUUAUCGCCAAUUUGACAGGGCAAGAUCCUUAUGCGUAGAUCAUCCACUGGCAAUUACUAUUUUGUUUAAUAUGCUGUACUUCCUUGGGUUUUAAUUAUAUAUGGCAUUUGCAGAAAGUAGUAAAAGUUUUAUUUUCCUCUAUGGCAGUGAAUGUGUACAAUAAUUGUUAUUUGUGCUGUAUGGUAAUGCUUUACUAUACAUAUAAACAAGCAGAUCCUCAAUCCCGAUGUUAUAUUUGUCAUGCACAAACUUGAAAACAAGUUCCUUAUAUUGUAGACUGUUGUGGAUGGAAUUUCACUGCUUUAUUCAAUUACACUUUUCUGAUAUAAGCUGCCUUUUGUGAUAAUUCACUGACAGUAGACACUUGUGGUUCAUAAAAAUACCUGCAAGAGAGUAGUGCGGGUGAGUACCUUUUGAGAGUAAUAAAUGCAAAAGGUGUCUUUUAUAUAUUUAAAGGAUUGUUCAGUGGUGAGUGCAAUAGGAGAUUUGACAAUCAAAGGGGGAGGCCUGAGUGCACACUUGUAGAAAUAGAGCAAUAGAGUAAGGUUUGUACCCCUUGAACGGACUGACCUGAUGACUCCCAAGUGAGCCAAGGUUGAUUGCACCAAAGGGAACCAAAUCCGUUCAUGUUCAUGUCUAGUACAUACAUUUAAGUAAUUUAGUGAUUAUAAGUAUGUAAUGGGAACUAAAUUGACAUGUAAUUUGCCAAUUGUUUCCAAUGACAUUACUGUAGAAACUGGCCCCUUCAUUAAUCAUCUGCUUUCCAUCUCCAAAAGUGAUGAAAUCUUUUCAAUGGACAUAACUGUUCUGCUAAUGAAUAAACAGUCAUUAGUAUGUAAUAAGCAGUUGAUUUUCACAACCUUUAUAGCUCAGUAUCCACAACCAUAAAAUAAUGGCAAAAAAUUUGCAAUUGAAUAAACCUUUUUUGGUUUAUAGUGGAUUCCAUUCCUUGUUUAGAGUGAAGCACAAUGUGUGUGACCUGACCGGCUCUCGAGGUUUAUGCCAUUAGUACCCGUUCUGCUUAAGCUGGAGUUACAAGCAUUGUUCUGUAUGACUUGUGUUCUUACAACAUGUACUCAUGAUAUGAUCAUUACUGCUGUUUGGUUCUUUUAUUAACAAUAAAUAUGGGCAGAAUAUUCCUCCUUUGAUUUUUUUUAGGAGUGUAGAAAUCUGACCUUUUUCUGUUUAGAUAAUUGUAGAAUAUAAAACCUCCAGAUGUAUUCAAAAUAUUGUUUCAUUGCUUUGUCUAAUGUAUAUAUUAAACUGAUUUUAACCAAGUGUUUGUACUAUGCAUGCACCUCUUAUAGAAUUAACAUUUAACACACUCAAAUCAGUAUGUUUUUCCACAUUCACAUGUUCCCUUUGUUUUCAUAUUAAUUUGUUGAAAAUGUAUUCAGAUUGACAAAAUAAGGCUAAUGCUACUGAAAUGAUGGUAAGAAUUAUAAUUUGCUCACUCACUGCUGAACAGACCACUUUUAAGCUGCAGUAAAGCAGCUGAGUUGUGUAAUCUGCAGAAUGGAAAAAUAUUGCUUUAUUGAAUUAUGCAUGUAAAUGAAACUUUUCUGUACAUUUGGUAAGAAGUUUGCUUCAUAUUUACUGUGUCUCCUUGUGUGCAAAUUGCCUUAUGGUGGCAUCAUUUACCUUUUGUUCUCAAGCAAGUGUCCAACAUUGCGGGCAUUAACUCUGUCAGUACAAACACGGUUUAACAUAGGAACAGUGUUGCUAAUUGUUGAUAAUUUUAUGUCUACGUUAAGAAAACCCCACUAGUUCAAGUUAUUUAUAAUUUAAGAAAAAAAAUGUUUUCAGAUGCAUCCUUUUCCUUCACUGUAACCAUGUACCACGUAACUUUUUGCACGGAGAUUACCAAGCCUCAACUAGGGAUGUGAAGAGAUUGGAAUGAGGCCUCCUUUGUAAUGUAGUGAUUAAUGGAUUGCCUAAUGGCAGUGGGUCAGCUGAAUGAAAGAAAAUCCUGUACUUUUACUUGAUGGUCAAUAUUUUUGAUAGAAAGUGUGUAGAAUUGAAAUGCGCUAGGUACUGCCACCAUUCCACAUGGCACCACAGAAUACUUCAAGGUAUCAUCGUAGCAAACUACAGCUCCCUGUUUUAGUGGAGCUAAGAUGCAGCAUGUGAAAUAAUUCAGCAUCUAAUUUUUGAGAGGGAAGAAUAAAAUUUUGAGGGUUGCAAUCUAAGAACAGGGAGUUUUGCAUUAAAUUCAGGGUGUGUAUAGCUGGAUUUCCUACCCAUUAUUCUUAAUCCUUGAGUUUUCUGGAUUCAAUUUUACUUUGUCUAAGUGCUAAAUGAUUGUAAUUUGGGAGAUUGGAUGCACAGUACUUUAAAGCACAGACACAAACACAUCAAUUAGAGCUGUAAUCACAAUGGAAAUUUCACAAUUUUUCCUUACUUUUGGGUUAUUGGAGACUUUUUAACUAAAGGCAAAGAAUAGUAUGACAGAUUUCCUCAAGGAAAAAGACAUCUUUGUGCUAUUAGUUGAAUUUCUGAGGUGGAUUCUACUUGAGGAGCAAUAGGAGCUAAAAGCAUGUUGGCAUUUAGUAUUUAAAGCAAUUUGUUCCCAAUUUCCAAAAAAAGAAAAAAAAGUAUAACUGCAAAGAAUUUCCUACCAGCAAUAUGAGUAAUGAGUACAAAAAUCCAGUACCUCUCAAAUGUAGCAUGCAUCAGUAGUCUGUGAAAGUGAGGGAGUGAAUACCUCAAAUUCACAUCAGCUAUUUUGCAUAUUUAGUGAAUGCACAGCUUCUGACAGGAAAAGGAAUUUCAGCAACACCAGGAGUUGAUGCCAACCAUGACAUUAUGGUUUAGAUGUCACAUUUUUAUUCAAUUAUGUAAAGUAUCAAUAUUGUGAGCAGUAAAAGUACUAUUCACUCUCAGGGUAAAUUCUAAAUAACAUUUAUUUACCAUCUCAAAUGUUUCACUGGUAACAUGAUCUCAUGCGCCUGAGUUAAUAGGAAUUUAAAGUAUAUGGUAAAAUCAGCUACAUAAUAUAAAGGUGUUGGUAAGUGGAGUACCUUUGCAUUAAUCGUGAAUUAAUUCUGAAUUGGAAUCAGAUUUGGUAUCACUGAGUUGUGUGAUGUGGAAAUUUGUUGUUUUGUGGCAUACGAUUCAGUGAUAAUUCAGAUUCUGAUUUAAUUCAUGACUAAUGCAAAGGUACUUCAUUUACCAACACCUUUACAUUAGGUAGCUGGGUUUACCAUAUACUUUCUAAAUUCCCUAAUUGAAUAUUAAUAUCCAGGUCCUAUUUCUCUUCAAAGUUUUUACCAAUAUUAAAUGCAAAAAUCAUAAGAUACCUUGCAUAGUAACAUGUAGGAUGAGGCUAACCCAAUGCAAUCACUUUAUGCAAUGCUUAGCUGUGGAAACCAGGGAUAUAUGAAGGUGAUGUCCAUCUGCACACAAGAGACAGUAAACUAGAAUUCAAACUUCCUGUCUCUGGACACUGUUUAUGAAAAACUAAACAAAGUAUGCAAAGAGAAAGGGAAUACAAAUGAUGUUCUUUUUGCACAGACUUUCUACCCUAUGCUGUGCAAGACACUGCUUUGCAAAAUAUUUAAAAUGGCUUUUUUUAAAACUGAUGUAUUUGGUAAUUGUUUGUUACUUGUAGAAAUCACCGGAGCUGUUCACGGUUUAAAUUUUAAGCCUGUUGGCAGCACAAGCUGGACUUUGUUGCCAUCAUUGAAACAAAUGUUGAUGAGACUUUAAGUUAACCUGCAAUUUCCCUGAAUGUGUUGUUUUACUUCAAUAUACAAAGAUAAGUGAACUUUUUAUCAGAUGAUUACAAUUAUGCUAGAGAUUGUUGUAAAAAUUUGUACCCUGCACUCACUUAAGUAAAGAUAUUGGCUUUUACUGUGUAA